AAAUACCCUAAAUGACUGUAACAAAUAAUUGUGAUUGUGAAGAAAUGGCAGGCUUCUUCCAGCGAGACCUGGAUGCUGACUACAUGUACUUUGUAGAUGAUGACAGCGACAUUGAAAGAGGCAGCAGUUCAGACGAUGAACUUGAUUUCACCAUCCACUGUGCUAAUCAGAAGAGAGUGCGAGUCCGGCACAGCUCAGUAUCCAGUAAAGGCUCAUCAGCUGAGUCUGAUUUUGAGAAAGAGAUGAAUGAGGAAUUAGAUCGGAGAGUAACAGCACUGGAGGAGGCUCGGAAAUCAGGACAGACAAUAUCAGGAAGUAAAAGUGGAGAGACUUCAAAACCAGGAACCUCUAGUGAACGGAGUAAACAGGACAACGGGUUUAAUGAUGACGUAUAUUUCGACUCAGAUGAAGAGGACAUGAUUAAAGGGGGGGACAAAAAGAAAAGAGAGAAAUUUGAGAAGUUGACAAACGAUGACCUUUUAUACGACCCUGACCAGGACGAUGAUGACCAGCGCUGGGUGGACAAUCACCGGCGGUCACUCAUGGCCAGGGACAGGAAAGCCCCCAGAAAACUGCCCACUAGUGACGCGGUGCUGGACUGUCCGGCCUGUUUGACCACGCUGUGUCUGGACUGUCAGAAACAUGAAAAGUAUCACAACCAGUACAGAGCCAUGUUUGUGAUGAACUGUCAUGUGGACUUUAGUGAAUUACUUAAACAACCGCCACAGAAAAGCAAGAAAAGGAAAAGACAGCAGGGCUCACAAGGUAGUCAGCAGCAGGAGGUGGAGAGUUCCACAGAGGAGGAAGAAAAGCUCCAUCCUGUGAGGUGUACAGAGUGUAACACAGUGGUGGGCGUGUUUGAUACAGACGAGGUCUAUCACUUCUUUAAUGUCCUUGCUGGUCACUGAUAUUCUGUGGUACAGGAAACAAGAGGUCACUUGUUUGAAUUUCAUCCAAUGGCCAUUUCAGAACAUUCUGAAAAAUAUUCCAUUCAGAGAGUUUGGCUUAUGAUAAGAUAUAUCUCUGAACGUGUGGUCACUUUGUCAAAUGUAUCAGUCGGGAAUGUUUUAAGAUGUUACUUCCCUUUGAUAAUAUGUUUGAGAUUUUCAAAACUCUAUUCUUAUGGGGAUUAUUUCAGUAAUUCAACAGAAUUAUUUCCCUAAAUUACUGGUUGAUAAUUCACAGCUUUGAAGAGUUCAAAGCUUUAGAUGACUGAGGCUGAAACGCUUGGACUAGGAUUAGUAGCCAAUUUACUAAAUCAAGUUUUCAAUUGUAUAAAAUAUGUACACAUGCAUAUGUGUAUAAGAGACCUCAUUCUGAUUUUCAAGUUCUGAUUAUUCUUUAUUACAUACAAAUGUUUGUGAAGAAAUUCACCAAUUUUAGAAAAAUAAAAAUUGUUAAAACA